ACUGCAAGGGUGGAAGAAACGUGGCUUUCAGUCAACAAUGACCACGAACCUGUGCCACGCCAAGGGAUGGUCCUCCGUUUAUUCUUCAACGUCAAUCCAGAAACCAUGCAUGCUUCGAGUGUGACCCAGCUGGCAACUGCUGGCAAUGUGUCCCAGAGCGCGAACAACUGCACUCCUCCAUACGACCAGGACCGCAUCCCGCUAGUGGUGUUGUACAGCAUGGUGCUCAUCAUCGGGCUUCCAGCCAACAUGGCCACCGUCUACAUGACUUUCCUGCAGGUGCGACGCCACAACGUGCUCGGCAUCUACCUGCUAAGCCUGUCCCUGUGCGACCUCAUGUACCUGUGCACGCUCCCCCUGUGGGCCGUUUACGUCAGCGCUGGCCACCAGUGGAUAUUCAGCUCCAUGGCCUGCAAGGUGACGAGCUACGUCUUCUUCAACAACAUGUACAUCAGCAUCUUCCUGCUGUGCUGCGUGUCCGUUGACCGCUACGUGGCGGUGGUGUACUCGGUGGAGUCGCGCGGCCUGCGGCAGCCGAGGCUGGCGGGCAUCAUCACGGCGGUCAUUUGCCUGGUGGUGGCGGUCGGGCAUGCGCCCGUCUUCACCAUGCCAGAGGGCGAUGCGGACACCGGGAAGCGGCGCUGCUUCGAGCCGGGCCACAGCACGGCCAAGGUGACGGCCUUCAACUACGCCCGUUUCAUCAUCGGCUUCUUCAUCCCCCUCUGCAUCCUGGUCGUCACCAACCGCGCCAUCCUGGCCAACAUCCAGGCCAGCCCGGGGCUGAAGCCCCGGCAGAAGGUCAAGGUCAAGUACCUGGCCGUGGCGGUCAUCGUUCUCUUCCUGGUGUGCUUCAGCCCCUACCACAUCAUCCUGCUGCUGCGGGCGGUCAUGUACCACUUCCCCACCUUCCAGAAGGAGUGCCACUUCGAGAACAGCGUCUACACGCCCUACACCAUCUCGCUGGGGCUGUCCACCUUCAACAGCGCCAUGAACCCCAUCCUCUAUGUGCUGGCCAGCGACAACAUCCGCAAGGAGAUCCGGCGGGGCCUGGCCAGCCUGCGCAACCGCAGCACCCUGCAGCCCCGCUCCACGGACAGCAGCCUGCACAAGAUUCAGCACAACUCCAAGAACUCCUCGGACGCGGCCCCCAAGCAGGGGAACAACAACAUGUGAAGCCGGUGGGUGGUGCC